AAGUGGCCCAAGAUCAGUUGUCCAUUUCAAAUUGGAUUACUUGGAACCAAGCACAGUUGUCACAUGGGAUACUCAAUAUGAGACCAGUCAUCAUAUUGUCGACAUCAAUCACGCAUGCUUGGUUGGAAAAUAGUAUUGAGAUCGCUAUAAUGAAGCCUGUUUAAGAUAUCGAGAGUGGUCUCUAGGGGACUUGUACAUGCGUUUUGAAUCACUCUGGCCGCUUCGAAUCAUUUUCUCGUACCUCCAUCUACCUGAAUGCUAACGUCUAUCCUUUGACGAUUCAGGCUGGAACAUUCUGCGAGUAGGAUAUAUAGCAAAUUCCAGAAAAUGACGAAAUGCUAUGAGAUCUACGGAGCUAUUCAGCAAAAGCUCUCUACCAAGCAGAGAUCCUUCAUGGAUAUCACGGUUUCUACCUGACUUGGCUCGGCUGAAUGGCCAUGCCGCAGGUACCAUCUUCUUUUUUAAAGACCCUGGCCCUGUCAGAACUUAAGCCACGGUCGGAAUCUUGAUUUUGCGCGCCCCCUCAUGCAAGAUGAUCAUCGUGCACGUGUCCUAGCCAGUCCCAGUCGAUUCGAGUGCUGCACUGAUGCACUAACUUAUGCAGUCGGGAGGUCAGACGAAAAGCGGGGGUUCAUGCUUGCCUGUCGUCCUGCCAAUGAUGAUAUGACUGGCUUAUAGGGGAUGAGCAGAGGGCGUGGUGCAGGAAUUCAAUAGCGGCACUAAAUAUUCGAAUCAUAGCAGGGUCCAAUGACAAUCUUGCUUGCGCAUUGACAAUUGCCAAUGUAGGUACAUAUGCAGGCGAGUGGAGGUUGAUAUACUCGUGGAGGCUGUGGGUGUCCUGGCAAGGAUGAAGGUUCGCAAGAGUUAUCUAGCAGGAGAUGCCCGGAAUUACUUGACGUGGACGCUGUGUCUUGUCUCUUCAUUGCUGAGGUCUAGGAACAGAGUCCGGUGGAUGCCGUCGACCCGCUCCGCGGGCAGUUCUCGCGCGUAUCAUCCGCCAGGUGGUUUUGAUUGUGUGAGAUAUAUCGUAAACAAGUCUCCUUCAAAAUGCAGGCCUCGCAUUCUCUCGAGUCUCUCGUCGUUGUGACUGGUGAGGCGCCCAUUGCAUAGCAACCCAUGGAAGUAUUUAAUUAAUGUAAGUCCCUUCCUGCAGGAUACGUGAUGCAUGAGAUGGUCUAGUAUCCGCAGUUGCCGCUGGACCUCUCCCCGCGACAGACCCCGCUAAAUGAGAGGAAGACGGGAGAAGAGGGCUACCAUGUGUAAUCCAUCGCAGCUGCACGAGCCAGCCGGGACACGUCGAAUUGGCCUGCAGUAUAAACCCCGAAACCUUGACGACACCACAACUGCAUGGUGUCGCGAGGCAUUUGGCGCCAGAGGUGUGAAGAGCGAACCAGGGUCGGCUAGUGUCCUGGGGCGUGAUCGGGUUCCGUUUCUUUCCCUUUCUGCUCCGUUCGGGGGCCCGCACUAACUCUCGUGGGCUGCUCCUAUGAGAUGGAGAGUUAACGUUGGCGUCGAGUUCCACACCAACAGGCCAGAUUUUCCCGCAUAAAUUUGACCGCCCGUCUUUCUUUUUCUUUUCUUUCUCUUUCUCGCACGAAUCUCUUCCAGAGACUCACCUGGCUAACCUCCGUAGAAAUCAGGUGUGUGUUGUGACAGGGUAGGCAUUGCCGACCCAACUUAGUGGGAAAAGUGGAUGCAAACAGAGCAAUCCAUUGCGACAUUGUCACAUGCUUCUGUCGUCACAGGUUCACCUCCCAACAUUUUCACUUCUUUCCUCAACAACAUCAUGGACCAGGGCCGUUCAACAGGUGCCCAGCAGCCCGAAGGGCUGCGCGAAAGAAAUGUCCUACGCCCUGAUUCAACUGGGGGCCGCGAUGCUCUAACUGCGACCGGCGAGCUGGAGGCCAAGAAUGAGUUCGGCAAGGAUAAGAAGACUUUUGGUCGCACUCCAGAUGGAACGGUGUUCACGGUGCCCCAGACCCAUGACAUGGUCUCUCAGCUCUUGUCGCCUUCUGAGCCUAAGAAUGUGGGCGAUUUGGUGGUGAUAGCGCUACUGGCCAUCCAUAUUCUACUCCUCUGGUCUCUGCCCGCCAGCGCGAAAAUUCCCGUUUUCGCGUUCAUUUACCUAUUCUGGCGGGCGGCGUACAAUGGAGGAAUCGGAUGGCUGCUCCACAACCAGUCGCAUCACAAGACGCUGAUCCGAUGGGCAGAGAAGACAAAGGUGUUUGUCAACCCGGCCACGGGUCGGAACCCUCACCCCGCUCUGUACAAUUGGAUCAAGAAAGAGCUCGAGACCAAAAUCCCCGAGGACUACUCUUUCGACAAUGCACCCCUUGAAUACAAUACUUGGCUUGUCUUUAGACGUCUAGUGGACUUGAUCCUGAUGUGUGAUUUCACUUCUUACUGCCUCUUUGCAAUUGCCUGCGGCCACCGUCCCGUGGACGAGAGUAUCAUCAUGACCAUUCUCCGGUGGACAGCGGGCAUUGUGCUCGUCUUGUUUAAUCUUUGGGUCAAACUAGAUGCGCACCGAGUAGUCAAGGACUAUGCCUGGUACUGGGGUGACUUUUUCUACCUUAUCGAUCAAGAACUCACCUUUGACGGCGUGUUCGAGAUGGCUCCUCACCCCAUGUACUCGGUCGGUUAUGCGGGAUACUACGGAAUCUCUCUGAUGGCAGCCAGUUAUAAAGUCCUGUUCAUCUCAAUUAUUGCCCAUGCAGCUCAAUUCGCUUUCCUCGUUCUCGUCGAGAAUCCACACAUCGACAAAACCUACAAUGCGCCACCACCCAGAAAGCGAUUAGUGUGUGUUGAUUCAACCCCCAGCCUUCCCUUGGAUUCGGACACUUCGAGAGCGCCUACUCCGUCUGACGAUACGGCUCCCAAUGCGACAUCCUCGUACUCGGCCAAAGCUCCUCCUUCGGUUCAUAACCUACUGGGACUGAACAACUUGGAUCUCUAUAGAACCACUGACUCGUCGAUCAUGCUUGUCCAGCUGCUCGUGUUUGCAGUCACCGCCUUGACACCAUCUACACUGAAGUAUCAACUUCUUUUCGUGGCUAAUGCCGUUGUGUGGCGGCUGUGGUACUCCGUAGGCAUUGGGUACCUGCUCAACAAACAGUCUCGCAAUAAAGCCUGGACCCGGCACUUCCUCAAAUUUGGUGAAACCCCGCAAGAGGCCUGGAACCAAUGGAAGGGAACUUACCACCUCAGUAUGAUUAUGUGCUACGCUAGCUUCAUUGCUGCUGCGUGGAAAAUGUACACGUUCCCGACCGACUGGAACUAUGGUCUCGUCCUGUUCCGCCACGUUCUUGGUGCUGGCUUGAUUAGCUUGCAGAUCUGGACCUCGGUCAGCAUCUACGAUUCGCUGGGUGAAUUCGGCUGGUUCUAUGGUGAUUUCUUCUUUGACGAGUCGCCCAAACUGACCUACGAUGGAAUCUACCGCUUCCUCAACAACCCCGAGCGAGUGCUGGGCCUUGCCGGUGUCUGGGGUGCCGUUCUCAUCACGAGUAGCGCCACAAUUACCUUUGUGGCCUUGUUGAGCCACGUCCUGAGCUUGUCUUUCAUCCAGUUUGUGGAGCGCCCUCAUAUGCAAAAGCUGUACGGCCGUAGCCUUCGUCAGGAUGGUGGUGUUGUCAAGAACCUUAAGAAGUCUCUGCCGCCUUCUCUCAAGCAGCUUCACGGAAGUGUCGAUAAGAUGUUCGACGACUCGUUCGAGUUCAUCGAGGAUCUCCUUGACAAUGCUCGCCCGAAGCUUGCAGCUGGCGUCAACACUUUUGUCAAAGAUACCACCGCUUUGUUCCAAAAGUAUCCCGCUCGCAUUACCAUCUCCCGCAUUGACGCCGAUCUGGCUGGCUUUGACGUCUCCGACUACUCCCUCUCAGUUGAAGGUACCGAUGCCAAAUCUCUCGACGAGAGCGAGCAGGGCAAGGGUCGCGAGGGCGCUAACGCGCGUAUGCCGCUGGAUCGCCGAGGUGAUCUCAAGAACCUGACAUUUGAAUACGGUGCCCCGAUUAAGGUCAGGUGGACUGCACCUCUCAACCAUAGCAAGAAGGACUGGGUCGGUCUUUACCGAGUCACUGACAAUACCUCGCGAGAGGUAACCCGCGUGUCCUCCCAAGGCCGGUGGGUUGCCACCAACGAGGGCUUCUAUGACAACACAACAAAUGAGAAGGGCAUUGUUACCAGCGAUGUGGUUAUCCGCUCAGCCGAGCAGAACGGUCGUGAGGGCCACGACGUUGCCGCGGGUGAGAUCAUCUUUUCUGGUGACAAGCUCUUCUGGACGCAGGGCACCUUCGAGCUUCGCUACCACCAUAACGGGUCACACAAUGUCAUGGCCAUCUCCAGACCGUUCGAGAUCCGCAUCCGCCGUUUUGCCGAGGAUGAAGUACUCGUUGACAGCGAUGGCAUCGUGCAGACUGCCGUGGAGAACGCUCUGUUGCCGGUUGUCCGCAAUUGCUUUGACCGCGAUCCCGAGAUUGCGCCGGAGACUGUCGAGGAACAGUUUGGCAGUCUGGUUGAGCGGGAUGGCAAGUUUGCGAAGCGAGUUGUUUUCGCCGUCCACCAGAUGUUCGGCGUUGAGUUGGCGCCCGAGGUAGUCAAGGCCGAUGGCAAUGUUUUUAAUCUUGCCUGGAGAAUUUGUAAUGCCAAAAAGGUCCUUGCUCCCUACAGCAUGUCCCGAUCGAAUGGCACCACAACGCCAAUCGAGGGCAAAGAAUAGAAACGGAGCGCCGGAUCUGCAAUUAUGUCGAGACUCACACAAGAGUGUCGGAUAUGGCGAAGCAAGAGAGGUUUUGGCGUUCAGUCUAUUGUUGAGAUCACCAGCAGGUUCCGAUUGACUUGCAAUAACAAUUACAAUAACAAUAACAACGUCAAAUAUCAUAUAACUCGGCAACUCCAAGUGAUCAGCGAAGAAAGAAAGGACAAAAAGAGGGUGGCAUGGCUUUGUUGCUUCAUGACGAGUCUCUGGGUUGGUUUAGAUGGUGGCUGGUGUACAAUUCCCGUUUCACUUUGACAAGUCGUCCUGCCUAAGAAUCAGAGCGGGCUGAACAAGCUUGGUGGUGAAUGGGCAGUUAUUUUUGCUUCUUGACAAUGUUUUCUAUUUUUUUUGCUACUUUGUAUAGCUUCAGUUACAAUUAAUUGCUAGCUCAUCAUGAUACUACGAGGGUCAUGGGGAAAAUGAUCAAAGAGAAUGUUUAUAAUAUUUUCAGAAGUAUUCGAAAAAUUUUACAGGAUAUGGACCUAGACUUGGCAAUCGUCAGCAUGAUUCAAGACAUCAUCGACAACGUAAAAGGCAUGUAUAGCUCCAUAUUGCAAGCAAGGCAAAUAAUCAGUCAAGCCAGUUUAACUCAUCCCAUCCUCUGCCGUCCUCGCGAACCAGACCGUCAUCCAAGACGGACAAGCAGCCCAACCCGAAAGAGCCGACACAAGUCAAGCGUGGCAGAGCCACAAUGUAAACAGCAGAACCAGACGCCGACUGAGCCUACGCCUGCCGGUGCUCCACAACCUUCCUCCCUGAUGCGCCCGUGAGGGUACAAGAGGUCCAGUAUUUGGGAGUCGGAGAACGCAGAUCGACGCCUUGGCCCGAAGGCACCGCUGUCACAGAGUAGGUGCGUACUCGAGAGGCGG